AUGGAAAAAAUUGAUGCCGCCGAGGAGUAUUUCAAGAAGCACUUCUUUCAGCCUGAGUGGGGCUACGAUCCGAAGCUGUUUAACCGUGCGGGCUGGGAGCACAUCGUAUCGAAGCACGGGGGCUGCUUGCCGGUCAGCAUCAAGGCUGUACCCGAGGGCACGGUGCUACCUUACAAAAACGUUCUGUUCACGAUGGAGAACACAGACCCGGAGUGCUAUUGGCUCACGAACUAUCUGGAGUCCUUGCUCGUCCAGGUUUGGUACCCCACGACUGUUUGCAGCCAGGGACGUGCGAUGAAGAAAAUCAUCACAAAGUACCUCCGGGAGACUGGAUGUGGAGGUGCGAUCGACAGGGGAAGCCACGUUCUCAAGCUCCAUGAUUUCGGUUUCCGUGGUGUCUCGUCCGUGGAGUCGGCAGGUCUGGGUGGCGGCGCCCACCUCGUCAAUUUCAGGGGCACUGACACGCUGGCUGCCCUGACGAUGCUGAAGGAGUUCUACUCGGAGCCCUGCGCAGGGAGUUCCAUUCCGGCCUCCGAGCACAGCACGAUGACCACCUGGGGCAGAGAAGGCGAGCUCGACGCAAUGAGGAAUAUGCUGCAGAAGUACCCCACGGGUUUCGUCGCCUGCGUCAGUGACAGCUACAACAUAUUCGACGCCUGCAGCAACAUCUGGGGGGACGCUCUGAGGGCGACGAUCGAGAAUCGCGAGGGCACUCUGGUCGUUCGCCCGGACAGCGGGGAACUGCCAAAGACUGUCCUCGAGGUGCUCCAGGUGCUGGAGAACAAGUUCGGGUCCACGACCACCCACACGGGGCACAGGCUCCUGCCACCGUACAUCCGCGUCAUCCAGGGAGACGGCGUGGACAUCGAGUCACUGGAGAAGACCCUGAAGGAGAUGCGCAAGGAGAUGUGGGCUGCCGAUAACCUGGCGUUCGGCAGCGGGGGGGCGCUGCUACAGAAGAUGCACCGGGACACACAGAAGUGCGCGUUCAAGUGCUCCUACGCUCUCAUCAACGGAAAGGACGUAGACGUGGUCAAAGAUCCCAUCACCGACCGGGGCAAGCGGUCGAAGAAGGGCAGGCUCACGCUGGAGUUAGUAGACGGCACGUGGACGACGGUCACGGAAGGCAAUGGCGACCCGAAUUACGACCAUUUGGUGGAGGUGUUCCGCGACGGACGCUUGCUCGUAGAUGAUACUUUGGAAGCCAUCAGGAUGCGCUCGGACGGGUCCCACGUGCCUUCGAGACCUGUCUCGCAGGCUUUCGGCGUGAGCGGGGACCUCUUUAGCAACAUCAUAAUGCUGACAGACUCGUACAAGGUCACGCACCAUGUGCAGUACCCCCGCAGCACCGAGACGAUCUACUCGUAUCCAUGCCGAGGCGGUCAAUUUCCCGAGGUGUGUUUCUUUGGCCUCCAGUAUUAUUUAAAAAGGUAUAUGGUGGGACCCGUAGUUACGGUCGACGCCAUUGAUGCUGCAGAGAAGUGCUUCAAAUUGCACUUCGCUGAGGGUGGGAGGCUGUUCAAUCGAUCAGGGUGGGAGUACAUUCUCAGGGAACACGGCGGACACCUGCCGGUAAUAAUCAAGGCGGUGCCAGAGGGGACUGUUCUUCCCUACAAGAACGUGCUGUUCACGAUGGAGAACUCGGACCCGAGAUGUUUCUGGCUGACGAACUACCUGGAGACACUGCUGGUGCAGGUGUGGUACGCCACCACCGUCUGCACCCAGAGCCGGGAGAUGAAGAAGAUCAUCCGGGAGGAUAUCUCAAGAUGA